GAUCUUCUGCCCCUGCUCUGCUCUUCUGGUUUCCGAGAAAAAGCUCGGUUUUUCAAAGAGUCGCUUUUGCAGUCCAUGGCCAACACGAGCUGCGAGAGCUCCGAGCUCGAGGCCGCCUGCCGUGAUGAGUCAUCGGCGCUCGUCCUCAAACUCAUCGCCGUCGUUUCGAUUCUCAUCGCCGGAGUCGUCGGGGUAGCCAUUCCCCUCGUAGGAAAAAACCGCCGGUUUCUCCGGACCGACAGCAGCCUCUUUGUCGCUGCCAAAGCCUUCGCGGCCGGCGUCAUUCUGGCGACCGGGUUCGUGCACAUGCUUAAUGGCGGGUCGGAAGCGUUGAACAACCCGUGUUUACCCGAAUUCCCGUGGGCCAAGUUUCCGUUCUCGGGCUUUUUCGCCAUGAUGGCCUCGCUUGCCACGUUGCUCGUUGACUUUGUGGCGACGCAGUAUUACGAGAGGAAACAGGGGCUGGCCCGGCCCAUCGAGGACCAGGUCCGGGUCGGAUCGGAUGUACCGGAAAUUGAGGCGGGCGUGGGUCCGGGGCAGCCCGCAAAUGAUCGGAAUGGGAAGGUGUUUGGGGAAGAGGAAGGCGGUGGGAUGCACAUUGUGGGAAUGCAUGCGCACGCGGCGCACCAUAGACACAGCCACCAGCAUGGGCAGGCCGCGUGUGACGGCCACGUGGUGCUGGAACCCGAACUUGAAUACGGGCUCGAUCACGGGCACGGGCAUUCUCACGGGUUCGGUGAUGCUGACGAGGAUAGUGGUGCUCGGCACGUCGUCGUUUCUCAGAUUUUGGAACUUGGGAUUGUAUCACAUUCUGUCAUCAUCGGCCUAUCUCUGGGAGUUUCACAGAGCACAUGCACCAUAAGACCCUUAAUCGCAGCACUCUCCUUCCACCAGUUCUUUGAAGGCUUUGCACUUGGAGGCUGCAUAUCUCAAGCCCAGAUCAAGACCCUCUCAGCAACUCUCAUGGCCUGUUUUUUUGCCAUCACAACUCCCCUCGGGAUCGGCGUUGGGACGGCCAUUUCUUCAUUUUACAACCCAUACAGCACAGGAGCUUUGAUAACUGAAGGCAUCUUGGAUUCCCUGUCUGCUGGCAUUCUGGUGUACAUGGCCUUGGUGGACCUCAUUGCUGCUGAUUUCUUGAGUAAGAGGAUGAGCUGCAAUUUUAGGCUCCAAGUUGUAUCUUAUUGCUGUCUCUUUGUUGGAGCUGGAUUGAUGUCCUUGCUUGCAAUUUGGGCUUGA